UGCGCGGCAAGGGACCGAGUCUGAGAAGUCAAAGGCGACAGCUUUGCUAUGCAAUUCGUCUCCUUCGUCUAUCUACAUUUUUAUGAACCACACAUUGAUAUUUCAGUGAUCCCCUUUUUCGAUUUUCAGCGAUUCUACAAACAAGUUUUUUUUUUUUUUUUGGAUUCUGGGUUUUGUCUGAGAAGUGAAAGAAUGAACGAUUGGGCUAGUUUGGGAAUAGGUUCUAUUGGGGAAGCUGUGUUUUCCAAGCUCCUGAAAGUUGUGAUUGAUGAAGCAAAAAAGUUCAAAGCUUUCAAACCCUUGUCCAAGGAUCUCGUAUCAACAAUGGAGAUAUUGUUUCCGUUAACUCAAAAGAUUGAUUCGAUGCAAAAAGAGCUUGACUUUGGUGUAAAGGAACUAAAGGAACUUAGGGAUACGAUCGAAAGAGCUGAUGUAGCUGUUCGGAAGUUUCCAAGAGUCAAGUGGUACGAGAAAUCUAAAUAUACUAGAAAAAUUGAGAGAAUCAAUAAGGAUAUGCUUAAGUUCUGUCAGAUUGAUCUUCAGCUUCUUCAGCAUAGGAAUCAGUUGACGUUGUUGGGUUUGACGGGAAACCUUGUGAAUUCGGUUGAUGGUUUAAGUAAAAGAAUGGACCUUUUGAGUGUUCCUGCGCCUGUUUUUAGGGAUCUUUGUUCGGUUCCCAAGCUUGAUAAGGUUAUUGUUGGAUUGGAUUGGCCAUUGGGGGAGUUAAAGAAGAGACUCCUUGACGAUUCUGUGGUUACUCUUGUGGUUUCUGCUCCUCCUGGUUGCGGGAAAACCACGCUGGUUAGUCGGCUUUGUGACGAUCCAGAUAUCAAAGGGAAGUUCAAGCAUAUCUUCUUUAAUGUUGUGUCAAAUACUCCUAACUUUAGGGUAAUAGUACAGAAUUUACUCCAGCACAACGGUUACAAUGCACUUACAUUUGAGAAUGAUUCUCAAGCAGAAGUUGGCUUAAGAAAACUGCUGGAGGAACUUAAAGAAAAUGGUCCUAUAUUGUUGGUGUUGGAUGAUGUGUGGCGGGGAGCGGAUUCUUUCCUUCAGAAAUUUCAAAUUAAGUUACCAAAUUAUAAGAUUUUGGUGACUUCUCGGUUUGACUUUCCGAGUUUUGAUUCCAAUUAUCGUUUGAAACCUUUGGAAGAUGAUGAUGCUAGAGCCCUUCUCAUUCAUUGGGCAUCGCGACCUUGUAACACGUCUCCUGAUGAGUACGAAGAUCUCCUCCAGAAGAUAUUGAAACGUUGCAAUGGAUUCCCAAUCGUAAUUGAAGUAGUGGGUGUUUCACUCAAAGGACGAUCUCUAAAUACAUGGAAAGGUCAGGUGGAAAGCUGGUCUGAAGGGGAAAAAAUUCUUGGUAAGCCUUAUCCAACUGUGCUAGAAUGUUUGCAGCCUAGUUUUGAUGCUCUGGAUCCCAACCUUAAGGAGUGCUUUUUGGACAUGGGCUCAUUUCUUGAGGACCAAAAGAUACGUGCUUCGGUAAUAAUUGAUAUGUGGGUGGAAUUAUACGGUAAAGGUAGUAGUAUCUUGUAUAUGUACCUUGAAGACCUUGCCUCCCAGAAUCUACUUAAACUUGUUCCUCUCGGCACAAAUGAGCACGAAGACGGUUUCUACAAUGACUUCUUAGUGACUCAACAUGAUAUCCUUAGGGAGUUGGCUAUCUGUCAAAGCGAAUUUAAGGAAAACUUAGAAAGAAAAAGACUAAAUCUGGAGAUACUAGAGAAUACAUUUCCAGACUGGUGUUUGAAUACUAUUAAUGCCUCUUUAUUGUCUAUCUCUACGGGUAAUUCUUUGGGGUCUUCUUUUUCUGAAAAUUAAACUUAAUGAUUAUACAAAUCUCUGCUGUUUCUAGAAAUAUGACUUCUCUAUAACUAUGAUUGGUCUCUCUUUUUCUUACAGAUGAUUUGUUCUCAUCGAAAUGGUUGGAAAUGGAUUGCCCCAAUGUUGAGGCUUUAGUUCUAAAUCUCUCUUCAUCAGACUAUGCAUUGCCAAGCUUCAUCUCUGGAAUGAAGAAGCUGAAGGUUCUGACAAUCACAAAUCACGGUUUUUAUCCAGCAAGAUUGAGUAAUUUCUCGUGUCUCAGCUCAUUACCAAACCUGAAACGGAUUAGAUUGGAAAAAGUUUCAAUCACUUUGCUAGACAUUCCCCAACUGCAACUCAGCAGUCUUAAGAAGCUGUCUUUGGUCAUGUGUAGUUUCGGUGAGGUUUUCUACGACACAGAAGAUAUAGUUGUCUCUAAUGCUCUAUCGAAAUUACAAGAGAUUGACAUAGACUACUGCUAUGAUCUUGAUGAGUUACCGUAUUGGAUCUCUGAAAUUGUUUCAUUGAAGACACUUAGCAUCACAAACUGUAACAAGCUCUCUCAACUUCCAGAAGCUAUAGGCAACUUGAGUAGACUAGAAGUGUUGAGGCUGUGUUCUUCUAUGAAUCUCUCUGAGCUGCCUGAAGCGACUGAGGGACUCAGCAACUUGCGGUUUCUGGAUAUUUCUCAUUGCUUAGGAUUGAGAAAGUUGCCUCAAGAGAUUGGCAAACUGCAGAAUCUGAAAAAGAUCUCGAUGAGAAAGUGUUCGGGAUGCGAGUUGCCGGAGUCAGUGACGAAUCUAGAGAAUCUGGAGGUCAAAUGCGAUGAAGAAACUGGAUUGUUGUGGGAAAGGCUGAAGCCAAAAAUGAGAAAUUUGAGAGUUCAGGAGGAGGAAAUAGAGCAUAACCUGAACUUGCUUCAAAUGUUUUAAGUGAAAGAACGUUAUCGUAGUAGCUUCUGUGGAUCUUGUAAUGUUUGUUAUUCAUUAUUUUCGUUGUUAUAUACAUUAUAAUGGCUACUGAGUCCAAGUACAGAGAAAAUGUCAUGCCAAAGAAUUUUGUGUAGGUCAAUCUUUUAAAACCAUUUAAGAGUACUACUAAAUCCUUGAUCC